AUGGGAACGAACGUCUGGACUAAACGGUUUGGCAAGAUCCCGCAGAAGGCUCGAGACUCCAAAGCCUACGAGAACACAAGGUUUCUCACCGAAUGGAGCUCGCUGAUACAUAGAUAUCACGCCGCCGCCCAAAAAAUCACAAAGGCACGCCUCGACAGUUGUCGAAAUGUCAUACUUUCUCGUCAACAGGAAACUGAGGAACACAAGAAGCGCCCACAUCGUGCCCAGGAACAGAAAGAAUCUGAUGGCAGACAUGAAGAUUUCAACUCGGUGCUCCAAGAAGUGCUUAAUGAUCUGAUGUGGGCAGAAGCACAGUGCCAUCCUAGAGCGGCAAGUCCGAUCAACUUCACAACUGCCAAGCUCACGUCAAUCGUGACUCUCGUGCGAGUACUCGGAAGAACUAGCCAUGUCUCGAUGUCGACCGAACCCGAGAACGAGUCUCAGGAUAAUGCGGACUCGAUUUUAGACACUCUGUACGCGUACUGGGACGAAGGCGUAAAACUCAUCUCAGAACGCGACACCGACACAGCAAACGAAAAAAGAGUUGCCGAGUACGAUGUGGCGAGAAAGUAUCUUCUCCCAGCGACCACUAAGAUUAGAGAUUUGGGACAAGGCAAUAUCGGCUUCUCGGAUGCCUUAGGACGGUCUGAAAUGGUGAUGAGAUCCGACAAAAAGUCAGCGAGGCCUGCCGAUAGGAAACACUAUCUAUUCAGCUGGGACAACGACACAGUCAUGGUACUCUUCAAGGAAUGA